GCUUACGGCACACGUCAAGUUUUUUAUGUGCGUUACAUUCAAUGGUUUCUCGUAUCUCCAAUCGAGUUGAUUUCACUCCUUAGUAUCGCUCGAGUUCCUCUCAGUCUUUUGAUUACUUCAGUAUUCUCCGUUUGGGUGUUCGUGAUUGGACUUCUUUCUGGUUCUAUGGUGCCGUCUUCGUAUAAAUGGGGUUACUAUAUCUUUUCUGUGCUUGCAUACUUCCAUCUGCUUUGGAAGCUUUACUUGGGUUGCCGCUUGUAUGCUUCGAAAUUGAAGCAACCUACUCGCCGUUAUUUCCGCUGGUUGUGCGUGUACAUUUCAUUCAUUAAGCUUCUAAUUCUUGUGAAUUGGGCUUUUUGUGAGGGCGGUAAUAUGAACCCUCCUGUUGGUGAAGCUGCAGUGUAUGGAAUUUUGGAUGUGUUGGGUCUUCCUGCUUUCGGAAUUUUAUUCAUGUGGAUGCUCGAGGGCCUUAAUGCGCAAAAUCUGUCUCACCAACAGUAUCUCUCGACGAUUUUAUUUAACCAACCUUGUUGUGGUACGCACUCUUACUCCUCGAAUCCUCGCGAUAGCAAUUCUGAGAAGAGCAAUAAGUUCAUUAGUUCGGCUGCUUCUGCAACUACGGGGAAGAACACAGAAACGUAUUCAUCUCUCUCCGUAGGACCCGUUGUACCCCCUUUUACGAACGAAGCGAAUGACACUUCCGAAUUUUUAGGACAGAGAACUAGUGAAAUUUAAAUUGCUUAUCCUUUAUUUUAGGAGUCCUGAAGCAACUAUAUGGACUAUUCAUUUCCGUUAACACGGCCAUAGGAAGUAUUAUUGGCAUUCUCCUAUUACGACAUGCAUACUGGAGUUCAUCCAAGUACGAUGAAUUUAACAACUGGCAGUAUGAAAGCAACUAACAACAAUCUGCGUCCAUUCUUCUCUGCUAGAGUUUAUAGACGGUGCUGUUUGUAGCAGCUGAACUUGACGUCGCGUUGACUCUGGGUCGAAAUACUAUAUUAAAUGAACCCAACCCCCUGCAGGUCCAGCUUUAUAGAACGUGCUUUCAAAUUAAAUUGUACCAAUACAAUGAAUGAAUGUAGCAGCG